CACCACCUGCGAAGACGUCAAACGCUCUGCGACGAGCCCACCCCUAAACCCAAACAUAUCAUCAUUCUCUCUACUUCUUCACUCAUCGAUCACUUCCAUUCUCUGCUACUUCUCCGAUCAUUAUAUCAGCUUCAUUCCCCCUUCCAUCCGCCAUUGCAGUCCACCUCUCUGCACUCUCUCUCUCUCACUGUGUGUGACUCAGUCUCUGUCUCUGCAUUUAUUAUUAAAUCUCUCAAAAAGCCUUUGGGUAGAGCACAAAUCAAUGCACUUGCAGAAGAGAACCCCACAGGUAGAAGAUGAAAUGAAAUCUUCCACGGAGGAAGCUGACGCCCUGCUAGCAGCCACCUCCUCCCCCAACCACCAUAUGCGCCUCUGAUCCUUCCCCCCUCUGGAAAUACGAAACUUAAGCCACCUUUUCUUUUCUUCCUUUUUUUAUUUUUUUCAAAUAAAAAAAAAACUUGUUCUUGGGUUUGCAAAAACUCCAAAAAGGCAAUGCCUUUUCAAUCUUUGAUCUCCCCAAUCUCUCAGAAUCCCAACGCCUCGACCUCUCCCUACCCCCCUUCUUCUUCUUAUUGGUCUCUUCCACUGUGCUGUUAACACCAAAUGAGUUGUUAUCCCCUUCAUUUUCAUGGCCGCUUGUGCUCUGGUCAGCUCCUCCGACGCUGAUAACUCCGCCUCCCCCAACACCCACAUGAGCACCACCGGCAGCAACCUCCACUACCACUACCACACCGACCCCCUCCUCCUCCUCAACGCUGCCGCCCCGCCUCUUCCUCCUCCUCCUGCUGCUGCCGCCUUUCCUCACCCCAACUCCCUCCUCCAGCUUCAGCAGCAACAGUACUACAACAGCAUCAGCGGCGCUAGGAUGGUGAGGAAGCGGAUGGCGUCAGAGAUGGAGGCGGCCCACGUCACCAGUGCUGGAGCCGGAGGGGAUGCCUACUUCCGGUUCUCCCAACGGGGCGGGGCAAACCCUAACGGCCUCGACGGCGACUCGGUGCAGUCGUUUCAGAGUCAUACCCCCAACACCGCCAUUACCCUCCCCAACCACUCCACCACUACUGCUGCUACGAGUCUGACCGCGACAUCACCCUGCUCCGCGUUUUUAUCCCCUGCGGCCGUGACCACCGCCACCACUCCUGCACCCGCCCCCCUCCCAUACAUCGACACCUCCCUCCCUCCUCCCGCCAAUCAUCUCACCUCUCCCGCUGCCGCGGAGGCGCCCGCCCUCUGCGUCUUCUCCGGGCUGCCCCUCUUCCCGCCGGAUAGGACCCGCUCCUCCUCCGCUGCCGUCGCGACUCCCGUCGCGUCCUCGGCAGGUAACAUGGACGAUGGCUCUACCGCGACGUGGGUUGACGGCAUCAUUAAGGACCUCAUCCACAGCUCCAGCAACGUGUCGAUCCCUCAGCUCAUACAGAACGUUCGGGACAUCAUCUACCCCUGCAACCCUAGCCUCGCCUCCGUCCUCGAGUUCCGGCUUCGAUCCUUGACCGAGCCGGUGGCUUCCGCCGCCUCCAUUCUUCCUCGCCAGAGGCAGUAUAACCAGUUCGGCAGCUCGAGCCUCCGGCUCAACCUCGACUCCACCGCCCUCGACAGCAUCCCUUACCACUCGGAUCUCGCCGCCUACCUGAACUACCCGGUUCCGCUGCCCUCGACCGCUCCUGCGGUCCCCCGUCUCGAUGAGCGCCCGGUGCCUCCCCCUGAGCCCCAGCCCGAACCACUGCCCCGGCACCAGCAGCAACCGCAGCAGCAGGCACCGGAGUCAGAGCCCGAGAAGUCAUCCCCUUCCGCGGAGGCGGCAUCAUCAGCAGACAAUGGAACAGGCGCAACCUCUGCUGCUGCCGCAGCAGCUGCUGCAGCGGCAGCUCUUGCGAGGGAGAAGGAGGAGAAGAAGCAGAAGAAGAAGGACGAGGAGGGGCUCCAUCUACUGACGUUGCUCCUCCAGUGCGCGGAGGCGGUCUCAGCGGACAAUCUCGAGGAGGCCAACAGGAUGCUCCUCGAGAUAUCAGAGCUGUCGACGCCCUACGGGACCUCGGCCCAGCGCGUGGCCGCCUACUUCUCGGAGGCUAUCUCCGCCCGCCUCGUCAGCUCAUGUCUGGGGAUCUACGCCUCCCUACCGGCGGCCCCGCACAGCCACAAGAUCUCAUCCGCCUUCCAGGUCUUCAACGGCAUCAGCCCCCUCGUCAAGUUCUCCCAUUUCACGGCGAACCAAGCCAUACAAGAAGCCUUCGAGAGGGAGGACAGGGUCCACAUCAUCGACCUCGACAUAAUGCAGGGCCUCCAGUGGCCGGGACUCUUUCACAUCCUGGCCUCGAGGCCUGGCGGCCCGCCCCACGUGAGGCUGACGGGGCUGGGGAACUCCAUGGAAGCGCUGGAGGCCACUGGGAAGCGGCUCGCCGAGUUCGCCGACAAGCUGGGGCUGCCCUUUGAGUUCUGCCCAGUGGCGGAGAAGGUCGGGAACUUGGACCCCGAGCGGCUCAACGUGAGCAAGAGGGAGGCCGUGGCCGUCCACUGGCUCCAGCACUCCCUCUACGACGUCACCGGCUCCGACACCAGUACGCUGUGGCUCCUGCAGAGGUUGGCGCCAAAGGUGGUGACAGUGGUGGAGCAGGACCUCAGCCAGGCAGGGUCAUUCCUGGGGCGGUUUGUGGAGGCCAUCCACUACUACUCAGCCUUGUUCGACUCGCUUGGGGCCAGCUAUGGAGAGGAGAGCGAGGAGCGGCAUGUAGUGGAGCAGCAGUUGCUGUCCCGUGAGAUCCGCAACGUCCUGGCCGUGGGUGGGCCCUCCAGAAGCACCGCUGCUGCUGUGAGAUCUGGUGGCAGCUGGAGGGACAAGCUCCGGCAGGCCGGAUUCAGGUCAGUGUCCCUUGCUGGCAACCCUGCCAAUCAGGCCACCCUUCUCCUCGGGAUGUUCUCCUGUGAAGGUUACACCCUGGUCGAGGACAACGGGACCCUGAAGCUCGGGUGGAAGGACCUGUGCCUCCUCACCGCCUCUGCAUGGAGCCCCAUGAUCUCCUCUUCGCCAAGCCUGCACGUGAACCCGAACCCUACCCGCCAUUACUCUCAUUGACUUGACCCUAGGCUCCAUCGAGGAAGUUGGAAUAAUCGGGAUGGCUAGGGGUGUAAUGAUGCCAAAAGACCAAGCUAGGGAAAAGGAUUAAUCAGCUAAUUAAGGAUGUGAUACUAGCUCACAGUCAGCCUUUUUUUUUUUUUUCAUUUUGUUUUUCCUUAUUUCUUACUUUUUGUACGGACGUUGUAUUGUGCUCAGCAUGUUUUUAAUCUCUAGUCAUAAUUGUGAGGGCAAUUAUAAUUUUGAUGAUGAUUAUAUCGGAUUUAGACUCUUCCUUUUUCUUC